CCGAGGCCGAUUUUACCUUUCAUCCUGUCGAAGUCCAUGAAAUAAAUAUUAAUUAUGCACUGGGGUCGAUAUAAUCGACUAACCCUCUCCCUCCAAAUUCCUAACCGUGUGCCUGUAGUAGAAAGGAUAGUUUCCUUGUGCUCUGUACUCAUUCAACAUUUGAAUAUCAUCCAAGACGGAGUCUUAUAAUCUUAAUAAAAACGAUGGAUACAGUGGAUGAUACUUAACUGAGAAAAGAAAAGUCGGAAUGGUCACAACGCCUGACCAGGGGCUAAACAACCUCCACAACAACAACCCGACUGCCUCUGCAGUUGUCAUAAAAAAAAAUUAUUGGAAUAUUUUAACUUUCAUCACCCGAAUUUUAAUUUGUCUUCAUCGUUAACUGUUUUAAUAAAAUCGAACGGCAGCAUUACUCUAUUAAUUUUUUUUAAUUAAUGAAUUAGAUUUACUGUUCUAGACAAAAAAUCCGCCAUCUUAUCUCCCUUAGACGUGUUUUUUUCUGUAUUUGUUGGAGUUGUUUUUCAUGCGAUUUUUAUGUUUACAAGUCUCACCAUUAUUAGUACGCGUUGAUGUAUAAUACGAAUGUUUUCACUAACUAAAAAGCGCCAACACAUGAAAAGUCGUGAGACCACCUAAAAAUUUUCAUUGAGCUGUUGUAGCAACUUUCAAGCGACUGCUGUUAAUAGAAAAAAAAAACUAUAUAUAUAUUUAUAUAUAAUAUGACUAGUAUCCAUUAGUCAGUGAAUUGUGUAUGGAAUUACAAAGCAUGGACGAUUUUGCAGGAAACCUUCUUUUUAGAUGCGAUAGGCAUGUAAAGCUUGUUUCAACACGUCGGUUGAUUAACUUAGAGUCUUAAGCAAGCACAAGAUGUAUAAUCCUCUUUGCUGUCUGACAAGUUCAUCCAUCUCAAAGACAAAGUUACCUCAAUGAAAAGACAUCAUGAACCAAGACGUUUUUGUACUAUAACAAACCCUGACUCUGUUGCAACAUCCAUAUUCACAACGAUAGCACUAAUACAACCACCAAUAGCAUCAAUACAUUUGAAAUCAAACCCAGUAUCAUACUAAUUUACCUGACAACUCUCAAAAGACUUCUCAUCAUAUCUAUCUUUCACUUUCUGGUGACAUUUCUUCCAAUAACUCAGCGAUGAAAGAUGAACUUCAUGCAGACAUGUUAUGUAUUGACAAAUCAAACAUAAAUACAGAUAGAAUGUCUGAAAAUGACUUUCACAAUGGAAUAUUGGUCACUCCACAGGUUGCCAUUGCAUCAUCAUCAAUAUCCUCCUCAUCAUCAUCAUCUGUUGGAUUGUCUCAUAGCAAUCCUCAUUCAUUUACAUGUGACAUUUGUGGCAAAAUGCUGUCACGAAGAGAUCACUUGAAACUACACAAAACAAUUCACACUGGUGUCCGACCAUAUAGGUGUGAGACUUGUGGCUGCACGUUUUCUAGGAACCAUCACCUCAUGCGGCACAUGGGAUCACAUUUGAGUGAGAAGAGAUUCAAAUGUGAUAUCUGUGGCAAAGCACUGUCUCGUAGCGACCAUCUCAAAGUACAUCGCAGGAUACAUACAGGUGAACGUCCAUUCAAAUGCCAGAUAUGUGGUUUCGCAUUCAGUAGGCGUGACAGAUUAGUAAAGCACAAUCAGUUGAGCAAGGGUAAAAGAAAGCUCAGUUGUGUCCCACCUACUUUUACUGCUCAAACUAAAGAAUUAACUGAGUCAGAUAACAUUGAAAUGAGUGUAAGCGAUCAGUUAAUAGUAAAUUUAAACCCUGCAAUACCAUCACUGCCUCAGUGCCAUCAACAACCCCAAAGGAAUAGUAGCAAUGACAGUGAUCCAUCUGAUAAAACGCACAAAGAGACAGCAUAUGUCUUUCUGGACUCUUCAACAUCAAAUUGUAAACAAGGAAGCACUAAUGCUCACCAAGCCAACAACAACCAAUGUGAGCUACCACAACAAGAAAUAGUUGAGAACCAGUCAACAAAUCUUUCAAUCAAUCAAAACUCAUUGCCAACCCAAUUAAGUGAAAUCCUUGUAUCAGAAGAGAACACCAAAAUGCCUGUUAUUCUGGCUAAUUCUGGUCAAGUGGCAUCUGUAUUGCCAGUAUUCCCAACAACUGUUCAAAUGACUCCAGCGAUUUUCCCUGCCCUACAAAUGUAUACAAGUGCAGCACCUCUCAGUAUUCCCUCACCACACAUUUAUGUCACUAAAUAAUACCAUGAAGACUAUGCAUAUUUAUUGGUUUGUUUAGGUUCCUGUCUAUGUAAACUGUGGUAAACUAAAUCUUUCACCCAGUUUAACACCACUAGCUGAUCCAUGUGUGCCUUUGGUGGAGUUGACUUUCUUGCUGGUUCUCUAAUCUAUGGAUAACUUCUUCUCUUCUUUCCCCACCCCCUAGUCUCAGAAGGAGUAAAGAAGAGAAUGAUCACUAUUUUUUUUUCUUUUCUGGCUAAGCAAUAAAAAAUAAUCUCAAGAGAAAAAAAUUUGUAGGUAUUUAAUCUCUAAACAAGAAACAAAUACCAUCACAGUAAAAAAUUAUUAUUUUAUUUAACUUUCUGGCUCCAGUUUAUCUCACAUGGAAUUCAUUCAUUUGCUUUAAUCCAUAUUUCCAUGCUAUCAUGGUAGACAAGUCUGUAUUGCUAACACUGAACUGUUUCUCAAGUAAAGAAGUUUUCAUUCCACUUAACUUUCAAUAUGUAGAGCUAGCAGAAAAUUUGUUGAGAGGAAAAUGUCAACAAAAUCAUUUUCCAUAGUUCAGUGCAUUUUCAUGCAAAGCACAAUGUGAGCAGUUAUACACAUAUAUGUAUGUAUUAAGAAGUCAACUGCCCAAUCAUAUGAUUUCAGGUUUAGUACCCGUGCACAGAAACCUUGGGUAAGUGACUUCUACUAGCUCUCCAGGUCAACCAAAGCCUUCUAAGUUAAUUUGACAGAAACUGGUAAGAGGCCUUUUGUAUGUAAACAAACAUACAUAUAUGUGUUUGUGUACAUACACAUGUCUGUGAUGUGCAUUUAUUCUUAUUCAAAGAUCAUAAUGUUCAAAUGCUGAUGUUGGUACUUCUAUCAAUAAAUCAUCUGCUUUGUGCCUUUGAAGCUGCAUGGAAUAAGAGAGCCCUUGCUUGGAAAACAGGUAAGCGUUAGCAUUAGGAAGGGUAUCUGGCUGUUAAAAAAAAAAUAUAUAUAUAUAUACACACACACAUACAUAUAUAUUUUGUCCAAGAUACAGAUGAGUACCAACACCCAAUGUGGCAGGUUUGAUAAUUGCUGAGAAUUCUCUGCAUGAAACCAAUGGUAGCUUUGUUAACCCAGAAAUAAAGAAUAUUCACCCAUGUGGUAUUGACCACUCAUUCUCACUGUCUGAUGUUAGUGUAUACAUUUGUGUGGUGUAUAUGUGUAUUUAUAUAUAUAUGAUAAUGUGACUGACCAGGCUAUCAGAUGUUACUACACAUUGCUAGUCACAGUGUGCUUCACAUUGAUUUAGCCUUCAAAUGACGCCACUCCGCUGGCUAAGUGAGCAGGCCAACAGGAGAAAGUUGCGGCGAAAGAGUACAGCAGGGAUUGCCACCACCCCCUGCCGAAACCUCGUGGAGCUUUAAGGU